AGAUCAUACUCCUAAACCAUAUCAUCACCAAGAAAAGGUGUUAGUACUAUAAAAUAGUGAAUUUAUUAAUUUUUCUUGUCUAAUUUUCCUGCUUUUUUCUUCCUACUUUCCUCUGUUUUCUACUCAGUCCAAUCCCUCUUUCUCAAUUCAAUAAGUUUGCUUAAUAGUCAUCUCUCUCUAUCAUUCUUGAAACUGUAUUGACAAUGAAUUCUGCAUUCCCACUUUAAAACUUUCACUGUUAUUCUGUCUUUUCCUAGCUUGCCUUACCCUAUAUGGAGUUUCUCAGUCCUCCACUUUGGGUUCUCUCCACCCUCACCAUUAGCUUUUCCUCAUCUUAAAUACAGCUACAAGAAACCUUGGCGGUGUGAAACCCAACAUAAAGAUUGAAUUUUGAGUGAGAAAGAUGCAAUCUUUUUGAAAUUUGAUUGUAGUUGGAGGGUUUUUUUGUUGGCUGCAAGAUUUUUUGAAGAAAUUCAUCUGGGGUUUGCAGAGGUGGGACAGAGAGAAUGAUUCUUGGAUUAGUCGGACAGUAGUGUCAGUGCAUAAAAAACAAAACAAACGAAAAACUGAUUUGAAAUAGUGGAAGAAGGGAUAACAAUGAUAUCUUCAGGCAUAAAUUUGGUGAUGACAGUGAUUGGAUUCACAGUCAGUACCAUGUUUAUAGUGUUUGUGUGCACGAGGUUACUUUGUGCAAGAAUUCAGCUGAAUGCUUCAAGAAGGUCUUUUGCCAGAGCUUCUGGAUCUGAUUUCAGCAUUUUGGAAAGGGGACUUCAUGGAAUCAAGCCGCUCGUGGUAGCCAAUUUUCCCACGAGAAAGUACCAAGACCUGUGCUUGACAUCAAAAGAAAAUGCUCAGUGCUCGAUAUGUUUGUCCGAGUAUCACGGAGAGGACUCGCUCCGUUUCCUACCCCUCUGCGGCCACUCCUUCCACGCAGCGUGCAUCGACAUAUGGCUGCAGCAGCACUCCACGUGCCCGGUGUGCAGAGUCUCGCUCCGUGAGCUUCCCGAGAAAAAGUGGUUCAUGCAGCCGAUGUUCAGCUCAGCUGUCCGGUCUCAGCAGCCUGUCAACGCGCACUACUGUCAUUGCAUGGCAAAUAACGGCCCGAGACCCGAGUCUCUGUCCCAUAACAACCUCUCGGUGCACCCCUCCGUUCAGGACCACCGUUGUCGGCCAGAGGCGGAUGCAGUCCACUUCGGAGACGCCAAAGAGUCGGGAAAUGUGAAAACCGGGACCCCGUCCGAUCGGUGAGUCGAGCAUUCGGAGAAGUUGAUGCUUUGUUUUUAUAUGUCUAUGCAUAUUGUUGUUGAUUUUAGGCUUCUUGUGAAUAUGGAAUUAGUGGUAUUCUUCCUCUCUAUCUUUCUCUUUAUAGAUUUAUUUGAUUUUGUAUUUGUGAUUUUAGGAAGGCAGUUUUGUUAGUUUAGUUAGAAACAAAUGUCUACUAAUAUAGCUAUAGUUAUGAACUUGAAGCCAAUGUUUGAUGUUUCCUUAA